AGAAGAGAGGUUUCAGAUGGUCCCCAGGACGGGCGGGAGGUCUCCCCAGGAGCCUGGGCUGCACCCGUGUCUCUGUCCCGUGUCUCCGUCGCAUCACAGGGUCCCAGAAGGUCAACAUGACAAUAACCCCAGACGUGAGAUUAGAGUAUCUGGAGGGCGUCGCGUCCGUCUUCCUCAAGUUCAAGCCAGACAAGUGGCAUAAAAUGGUCUCAGUGGAAGAGAACAUGGGUUUGCUCACCGAAUUCUUCGAGAAGCCGGACGUCCUGGUUCUGGUGCUGGCGCUGAGCCCCGCCGGCACGAUCUCGCCCUGCCUGGGCUUCCCCGCCUCCCUCAAGUCCAAAGGGCUGUACUUCAUCAAGAAGAGACCCGACAGCAUCAGCAAGGACAACUACAAGGACCGUCUGGUCUACGGGGACAUCGGCCCCGCGCCCGUGGACCAGCUCAUCGCCGUCGUGGAGGAGGUUCUCGACUCGCUGUUAAACCAGAGCGAGAAUCUGAGCGGCUGGCCCCGUGUGGUCUCGGAGGACCUGGUGAAGCAGGUCCACAAGCUGAAGAACGAGAUGUUUGUGAUGGGCGGCAAGAUCAAGGGCAAGACCCUGCUGCCCGUCCCGGAGCACCUGGGCAGCCUGGACGGCACGCUGGAGUCCAUGGAGAGGAUCCCCUCCUCCCUGGACAACUCGCUGCUCCACGCCAUCGAGACCAUUGUCAUCGACUGGUCCCACCAGAUCCGGGACGUGCUGAGCAAAGACUCAGCCCAGGCCCUGCUGGAUGGGCUGCACCCGCUGCCCCGCGUCGAGUUUGAGUUCUGGGACGCCCGGCUGAUAAACCUCAAGUGCAUCCACGAGCAGCUCAACAGGCCCAAAGUGAAUAAAAUAGUCGAGAUCCUGGAAAAAGCCAAAAGCUGCUACUGGCCAGCUCUGCAAAACGUAUAUACGAACGUCACUGAAGGCCUGAAGGAAGCCCACGAUAUCGUGCUGUACCUGAAGCCUCUGCAAAUCUUGCUGGAGGAGACGGAGCAGGCCGACUUCACGAUGCUCCCGACCUUCAUCGCCAAAGUGCUGGACACCGUCUGCUUCAUCUGGGCCACCUCCGAGCACUACAACACGCCCUCCAGGGUCAUUGUCAUCCUGCAGGAGUUCUGCAACCAGCUCAUCGAGACGACGCGGACCUUCCUGAGCCCCGAGGAGGUGCUGAAAGGCCUGCAGGGCGAAAUCGAGGAGGUUCUGAGCGGCAUCUCUCUGUCCGUGAGCGUCUUGAAGGAGCUGUACCGGGCCUAUGACUUCUGCUGCGCGAACAUGAAGCUUUUCUUCAAGGACAAGGAGCCGGUGCCUUGGGAAUUCCCUUCUUCUCUUGCCUUUUCCAGGAUCAAUUCCUUCUUCCAUCGUGUCCAGACCAUCGAGAAUCUUUAUAAAACAGCCAUUGAGUUUCUGAAGCUGGAGAAGAUCGAGCUCGGGGGCGUGAGGGGCAGCAUCCUGGGCAGCCAGGUCACCCAGAUCUACGAGGAGGUCUUUGAGCUGGUGAAGGUUUUUGCCGACUGCAAAUAUGACCCCUUGGACCCCGGAGAUUCGAGUUUCGAUGAUGAUUACGCUGACUUUGAGACCAAAAUUCAAGACCUGGACAGGAGGCUGGCCACUAUCUUUUGCCAAGGGUUCGAUGACUGCAGUUCUAUUGAGUCCUGUGCCAGGCUCCUGCACAUGUGCGGGGGCCUCCUGGAACGGCCUCUGAUCCUCGCCGAGGUGGUGCCCAGGUACUCGGUCAUGCUGGAGCUGUUCGACGCGGAGCUGGACAACACCAAGGCCCUGUACGACGCCCAGAUGGCGGCCUCGGCCGAUGGGAACAUCCCCAUCCACAAAAAUAUGCCCCCCGUGGCCGGGCAGCUCAAGUGGAGCCUGGAGCUGCAGGAGAGGCUGGAGGCCCCCAUGAGGGACCUCAAGCACAUUGAGCAUCCGGUCAUGUCCAGCGAGGAGGCCAAGCUGAUCUACCAGAAGUACGACGAGAUGAUGGAGCUGCUGAGAAACUACCGCGAGAGGAUCUACCAGCAGUGGGUGGCAGGGGUGGACCAGGACUGCCACUUCAACCUGGGGCAGCCCCUGAUCCAGCGGGACCCUGUCACCAGCCUCAUCCACGUCAACUUCAGCAAAGCGUUGGUGGCGGUGCUGAGAGAGGUCAAGUACUUAAACUUCCAGCAACAAAAAGAGGUCCCCAGCAGUGCCGAGACCCUGUUCUCGCAGCACGAGACCUUCCGCAAGUUCGUGGGCAACUUGGAACUCAUCGUCGGCUGGUACAACGAGAUAAAGACCACAAUGAUGGAUGUAGAAUUUCCACUGAUAAAGUCGGAAUUGGAAGCAAUCGAUGUCCAGUUACUGGAUGCUGAAAGGACCCUGUUCUGGAACAGCGAAGGUGUGUUUGAUUAUAUUCAAGAGAUGAGAGAAAUCUUACACAACUUGCAGAACAGGAUACAAAAAGCAAAGCAAAACGUGGAGGCAAUUUCCCAGGCCAUGAUGGACUGGUCGGCCAACCCGAUGUUUGAGAGGAAGGACAACAAGAAGGAGGCCCUGCUAGACCUGGAUGGGAGGACGGCCCAUCUCAACAAGCGCUACACCGCGGUCAAGGACGCCGGCCUGAAGAUCCAGGCCAUGGUCGCGGAAAACGCAGAGCUCUUUAGAGCAGAUGUGACGAGCCCUUCCUGGAAAGAUUACAUCAACUACGUGGACAGCCUGGUCUUAGAUGGAUUCUACUGUUUCAUUCGCAAGUCUCUCAAUUACCUCAUGGACAACAUGGUGGCAGAUGAGAGCAUCGCGCCGCUGUUUGAGGUCCGCAUGGAGCUGGACGAUGACGGGCUGGUCUUCAGUCCGUCCCUGGAUAUGGGCGGGGACCGGAGCUUCCUGGCACUGAUCGGGAGCCUGGUCACCGACAUCUUCAAUGUGGCCAGGCUCAUCCCCAGACUGGCCAAGGGCAGGAUGAACUACAAGACCGACCUGGAGGACAUGACAGACCUGACGGAGCUGCGGGAGGAGAUGUCCAACCUGGUGCUGGGCGCCGUAAAGGAGGCCGAGGAGUACCAGGACUCCUUCGAGCGCUACUCCUACCUCUGGGCGGACGACCCCCAGGAGGUCAUGAAGAACUUCCUCACCUUCGGCCGCACCGUCAGCCCCGAGGACCUGGACACCCGGGCCGAGGAGACCCUCCCCAAGAGGCCGCCCACCCUCGCCCAGUUCCAGCAGCAGAUCGACGCCUACGAGAAGCUGUACGAGGAGGUGUCCAGGCGCGAGAACGCCAAGGUGUUUGGCGGGUGGCUGCAGUGCGACUGCCGCCCCUUCAAGCAGGCCGUCCUCAACUCCAUCAAGCGCUGGAGCCUCAUGUUCAAGCGGCACCUGAGCAACCACGUCAUCAACAGCCUCGCUGACCUGGAAGCCUUCAUGAAAGUGGCGCGGGCGGGCUUGACCAAGCCCCUCAAGGAGGGCGAUUAUGACGGCCUCGUGGAGGUGAUGAGGCACCUGAUGAAGGUCAAGGAGAGGCAGUCGGCCACCGACAGCAUGUUCGAGCCCCUGAAGCAGACCAUCGAGCUGCUCAAGUCCUAUGGGGAGGAGAUGCCCGAGGAGACGCACCUGAAGCUACAGGAGCUGCCGGAGCAGUGGACACACACCAAGAAGCUGGCCAUCCAGGUGAAGCAGAAUGUGGCGCCCCUGCAGGCCAACGAGGUCAGCAUCCUCCGGAGGAAGUGCCAGCAGUUCGAGCUCAAGCAGCACGAGUUCAGAGAGAAGUUCCGGCAGGAGGCCCCGUUCAGCUUCAGCGACCCUGAGCCCUACAGGUCCCUGGAUAAGCAACAAAGGAGCAUCGCAGCCAUGGAGGGUGUCAUGGAGGCUCUCUGCAAGUCCGGGAGCCUGUUUGAGGUCACAGUCCCGGACUACAAGCAGCUCAAGGCUUGUCACAAAGAGGUCCGCCUGCUGAAGGAGCUCUGGGACAUGAUUGUUAUGGUCAACACCAGCUUUGCAGCCUGGAAGACCACCAAGUGGCAGGACAUCAACGUCGAGCAGAUGGACAUCGACUGUAAGAAGUUCGCCAAGGACGUGCGGUCCCUGGACAAGGAGAUGAAGAGCUGGGACGCCUUCGUGGGGCUGGACAACACCGUGAAAAAUAUGAUCACGGCCCUGCGCGCCGUGAGCGAGCUGCAGAACCCCGCCAUCCGGGACCGCCACUGGCAGCAGCUCAUGCAGGCCACCCAGGUCAAGUUUGAGAUGUCAGAUGAGACCACGCUGGCGGACUUACUCCAGCUGAACCUGCACCGGUACGAGGACGAGGUCCGCAACAUCGUGGACAAGGCCGUGAAGGAGUCCGGGAUGGAGAAGGUGCUGAAAGCCCUGGAUAGCACGUGGUCCACCAUGGAGUUUGAGCACGAGCCGCACCCCCGGACCGGAACCAUGAUGCUCAAGGCGGACGAGGUGCUGGUGGAGACGCUGGAAGACAACCAGGUGCAGCUGCAGAACCUGAUGAUGUCCAAGUACCUGUCCCACUUCCUGAAGGAGGUGACGAGCUGGCAGCAGAAGCUGUCCACGGCGGACUCGGUCAUCUCCAUCUGGUUCGAAGUCCAGAGAACCUGGAGCCACCUGGAGAGCAUCUUCAUCGGCUCCGAAGACAUCCGCGCGCAGCUGCCGGAGGACUCCACCCGCUUUGACGACAUCGACCAGGAGUUCAAGGCCUUGAUGGAGGAGGCGGUGAAAACGCCCAACGUGGUCGAAGCCACCAACAAACCUGGACUCUAUGACAAACUUGAGAACCUGAAGAAGAGGUUGGCUGUGUGUGAAAAGGCCUUGGCUGAAUAUUUAGAGACGAAAAGACUGGCUUUCCCGAGAUUCUACUUUGUCUCCUCGGCGGAUCUCCUGGACAUUCUGUCCAACGGCAAUGACCCCGUGGAGGUGAGCCGCCACCUGUCCAAACUCUUCGACAGCCUGUGUAAACUGAAGUUCCGCCUCGACGCGGACGGGAAACCGCUCAAGGUCAGCCUGGGCAUGUACAGCAAAGAGGACGAGUACGUGGACUUCGACCGGGACUGCGACCUCUCGGGGCAGGUGGAGGUCUGGCUGAACCGGGUGCUGGACCGAAUGUGUGCCACCCUCCGCCACGAGAUCCCAGAGGCCGUGGUGACCUACGAGGAGAAGCCGCGGGAGCAGUGGAUCUUCGACUACCCCGCCCAGAUCGCGCUCACGUGCACCCAGAUCUGGUGGACCACCGAGGUGGGCCUGGCGUUUGCCAGGCUGGAGGAAGGCUAUGAAAAUGCCAUCAAAGAUUACAACAAGAAGCAGGUCAGCCAGCUGAACGCGCUCAUCACCCUGCUCAUCGGGAACCUCAGCGCCGGGGACAGAAUGAAAAUCAUGACCAUCUGCACCAUCGACGUCCACGCCCGCGACGUGGUGGCCAAGAUGAUCGCCGCCAAGGUGGAGAGCUCCCAGGCCUUCACCUGGCAGUCGCAGCUGCGGCACCGCUGGGACGAGGAGAAGCAGCACUGCUUCGCCAACAUCUGCGACGCCCAGAUCCAGUACUCGUACGAGUACCUGGGCAACACGCCACGGCUGGUCAUCACCCCUCUCACCGACAGGUGCUACAUAACCUUGACCCAGUCCCUGCACCUGAUCAUGGGCGGAGCCCCCGCCGGCCCCGCCGGGACGGGCAAGACGGAGACGACCAAGGACCUGGGCAGAGCCCUGGGCACCAUGGUCUACGUCUUCAACUGCUCCGAGCAGAUGGACUACAAGUCCUGUGGAAAUAUCUACAAGGGCCUGGCGCAGACCGGAGCCUGGGGCUGCUUCGACGAAUUCAACCGCAUCUCCGUGGAGGUCUUGUCGGUGAUUGCCGUGCAGGUAAAGUGUGUCCAAGAUGCCAUUCGGGCCAAGAAGCAGCUGUUUAACUUCCUGGGAGAGAUGAUAAGUCUGAUCCCCACCGUCGGCCUCUUCAUCACCAUGAACCCUGGGUACGCCGGACGCACGGAGCUGCCCGAGAACUUAAAGGCCUUGUUCAGGCCCUGCGCCAUGGUGGUCCCUGACUUUGAGCUGAUAUGCGAGAUCAUGCUGGUGGCCGAGGGCUUCCUGGAGGCCCGCCUUCUGGCCAGGAAGUUCAUCACUCUCUACACGCUGUGCAAAGAGCUGCUCUCAAAGCAGGAUCAUUACGACUGGGGCCUGCGGGCCAUCAAGUCUGUGCUGGUGGUGGCCGGCUCGCUCAAGAGGGGCGACCCCGGCCGGGCGGAGGACCAGGUGCUGAUGAGGGCACUCAGGGAUUUUAACAUCCCCAAGAUUGUCACCGACGACCUGCCCGUGUUCAUGGGGCUCAUCGGGGACCUCUUCCCCGCCCUGGACGUGCCUCGGAAGCGGGACCUGAACUUUGAGAAGGUCAUCAGGCAGAGCACCCUGGAGCUCAGGCUGCAGGCGGAGGACAGCUUCGUGCUGAAGGUGGUGCAGCUGGAGGAGCUGCUGCAAGUCAGGCACUCGGUGUUUGUCAUCGGGAACGCGGGCAGCGGCAAGUCCCAGGUCCUCAAGUCUCUGAACAAGACGUAUCAGAACCUGAAGAGGAAGCCGGUGGCCGUGGACCUGGACCCCAAGGCCGUCACCUGUGACGAGCUCUUCGGCAUCAUCAACCCGGCCACCAGGGAGUGGAAAGACGGCCUCUUCUCCACCAUCAUGCGGGACCUGGCCAACAUCACUCACGACGGCCCCAAGUGGAUCGUGCUGGACGGGGACAUAGACCCCAUGUGGAUCGAGUCCCUCAACACCGUCAUGGAUGACAACAAGGUCCUCACCCUGGCCAGCAACGAGCGGAUCCCCUUGAACCGCACCAUGCGGCUGGUGUUUGAGAUCAGCCACCUGCGGACGGCCACCCCGGCCACCGUCUCCAGAGCCGGCAUCCUGUACAUCAACCCUGCCGACCUCGGCUGGAACCCGGUGGUGAGCAGCUGGAUCGAGAGGCGCCAGGUGCAGUCGGAAAAGGCCAACCUCACGAUCCUCUUUGACAAGUACUUGCCCACCUGCCUGGACAAGCUUCGCUUGGGGUUUAAGAAGAUCACGCCGGUGCCCGAGAUCACGGUGGUCCAGACGGUCCUGUACCUGCUGGAGUGCCUGCUCACUGAGAAGAACGCGCCGCCCGACUCGGCCAAGGAGCUGUACGAGCUCUACUUCGUGUUCGCCUGCCUCUGGGCCUUCGGGGCCAUGUUCCAGGACCAGCUGGUAGACUAUCGCGUGGAGUUCAGCAAGUGGUGGGUCAACGAGUUUAAAACCAUCAAGUUCCCCUCGCAAGGGACGGUCUUUGACUAUUACAUUGACCCCGACACCAAGAAGUUCCUGCCCUGGACGGACAGAGUGCCCAGCUUUGAGCUGGACCCCGACGUCCCGCUGCAGGCCUCCCUGGUGCACACCACGGAAACGGUCCGUAUCCGCUACUUCCUGGACCUGCUCAUGGAGAAGUCGCGGCCGGUGAUGCUGGUGGGGAACGCGGGGACGGGCAAGUCGGUGUUGAUGGGGGACAAGCUGGACAGCCUGAGCACGGACGAGUACUUGGUGCAGGCCGUGCCCUUCAACUUCUACACGACCUCGGCCAUGCUGCAGGGGGUUCUUGAGAAGCCGCUGGAGAAGAAAUCUGGGCGGAAUUACGGGCCCCCAGGCACCAAGAAGCUCGUCUACUUCCUUGAUGACAUGAACAUGCCUGAGGUGGACAAGUAUGGGACGGUGGCCCCGCACACCCUCAUCCGGCAGCAUAUGGACCACGGGCACUGGUAUGACAGGCAGAAGCUCACCCUGAGGGACGUCCACAACUGUCAGUAUGUGGCGUGCAUGAACCCCACUUCUGGGUCCUUCACCAUCGACCCCAGACUUCAGCGCCACUUCUGCGUGUUUGCGGUGAGCUUCCCGGGCCAGGAGGCGCUCGUGACCAUCUACAGCAGCAUCCUGGCCCAGCACCUGGCCCUUCGGUCGGCCUCCAUGGCGGUCCAGAGGAUGAGCAGCCAGCUGGUGGCCUCCGCCCUGGCCCUGCACCAGAAAGUCACGGCGACGUUUCUUCCCACGGCCAUCAAGUUUCAUUAUGUCUUCAACCUCAGGGACCUCUCCAAUAUUUUCCAGGGCCUCCUGUUUUCCACCACAGAGAUCCUGAAAAUCCCGCUGGACCUGGUCCGCCUCUGGCUGCACGAAGCCGAGCGCGUGUAUGGCGACAAAAUGGUGGAUGAGAAGGACCAGGAGACGCUGCGCCGGGUCACCGUGGCGUCCACCAAGAAGUUCUUUGACGAACUCGGCGACGAGCUCUUAUUUGCCAGACCAAAUAUCUACUGCCACUUUUCUCACGGCAUCGGCGAUCCCAAGUACCUCCCGGUGACGGACACAGCUCAGCUGAACAAGACCCUGGUGGAGGUCCUGGACAGUUACAACGAGGUCAACGCGGUCAUGAACCUGGUCCUGUUCGAGGACGCCGUGGCUCACAUCUGCAGAAUCAACCGCAUCCUGGAGUCCCCGCGCGGCAACGCCCUGCUGGUGGGGGUGGGCGGCAGCGGCAAGCAGAGCCUCUCGCGCCUGGCCGCCUACAUCAGCGCGCUGGACGUGUUCCAGAUCACCCUCAAGAAAGGCUACGGGAUCCCAGACCUCAAGCUCGACCUCAGCGCCCAGUACGUCAAGGCGGCUGUGAAGAACGUCCCCGCCGUGUUCCUGCUGACCGACUCCCAGGUGGCCGAGGAGCAGUUCCUGGUGCUGAUCAACGACCUGCUGGCCUCGGGGGAGAUCCCGGGGCUGUUCGGGGACGACGAGGCGGAGAACAUCGUCUCCUCCAUGCGGCCCCAGGUCAAGUCCCUCGGCCUGGCGGACACGCGGGAGGCCUGCUGGAAAUUCUUCAUCGAUAAAGUGCGCAGGCAUCUGAAGGUGAUCCUGUGCUUCUCCCCCGUGGGCUCCGUCCUGCGUGUGCGAGCCAGGAAAUUCCCUGCCGUGGUCAACUGCACGGCCAUCGACUGGUUCCACGAGUGGCCGGAGGACGCCCUGGUGUCCGUCAGCGCGCGUUUCCUCGAGGACACUGAGGGGAUUCAGCCGGAGGUCAAGGCCUCCAUCAGCCUCUUCAUGUCCUACGUGCACACGACGGUCAACGAGCUGUCCGCCGUGUACCUGGCCACCGAGAGGCGCUACAACUACACCACACCCAAAACCUUCCUGGAGCAGAUCAAACUCUACCAGAGCCUCCUGGCCAGGAAGAGGACGGAGCUGGUCGCCAAAAUCGAGAGGCUGGAGAACGGGCUGAUGAAGCUGCAGAGCACGGCCUCCCAGGUGGAUGAUUUAAAAGCCAAGCUGGCCAUUCAGGAGGCUGAGCUCAAGCAGAAGAAUGAGAACGCGGACAAGCUGAUCCAUGUGGUGGGCGUGGAAACGGAGAAAGUCAGCAAGGAGAAGGCCAUUGCCGACGAGGAAGAGGCCAAGGUGGAGGUUAUCAACAAGAAUGUCACGGAGAAACAAAAGGCCUGUGAAACAGACCUGGCCAAGGCAGAGCCAGCCCUGCUGGCCGCACAGGAGGCCCUGGACACGCUGAAUAAGAACAACCUGACGGAGCUGAAGUCCUUCGUCCCCCCGGACGCCGUGGUCAACGUCACGGCCGCUGUCAUGAUCCUGACCGCACCCGGGGGCAAGAUCCCCAAAGACAAGAGCUGGAAGGCCGCCAAGAUCAUGAUGGGCAAGGUGGACACCUUCCUGGACUCCUUGAAAAGGUUCGACAAGGAGCACAUCCCCGAGGCCUGCCUCAAAGCCUUCAGGCCCUACCAAGGCAACCCGACGUUUGACCCCGAGUUCAUCCGCUCCAAGUCCACGGCGGCCGCAGGCCUGUGCUCCUGGUGCAUCAACAUUGUCCGUUUCUACGAGGUCUACUGCGACGUGGCCCCCAAGAGGCAGGCCCUGGAGGAGGCCAACGCAGAGCUGGCCGAGGCGCAGGAGAAGCUCUCCCGCAUCAAAAACAAGAUUGCCGAACUCAAUGCCAACCUGAGCAACCUGACGUCGGCCUUUGAAAAAGCAACAGCCGAGAAGAUCAGGUGCCAGCAGGAGGCGGACGCCACCAACAGAGUGAUCUCGCUGGCCAACAGGCUGGUAGGUGGACUGGCGUCGGAAAACGUGCGCUGGGCCGAAUCGGUGAAGAACUUCAGGAGCCAGGGGGUCACGCUGUGCGGGGACGUCCUGCUUAUUUCCGCCUUCGUCUCCUACGUGGGCUACUUCACCAAGAAGUACCGAAACGAGCUAAUGGAGAGAUUCUGGAUCCCUUACAUUAAUCGACUCAAGGUCCCCAUCCCAACCACGGAGGGUCUGGAUCCCUUGAGCCUGCUGACAGACGAUGCGGACGUGGCCACUUGGAACAACCAGGGGCUCCCCAGCGACCGCAUGUCCACGGAGAAUGCCACCAUCCUGUGCAACACGGAGCGCUGGCCCCUCAUCGUGGACGCCCAGCUGCAGGGCGUCAAGUGGAUCAAAAACAAAUACGGGCACGAGCUGAAGGCCAUCCGCCUGGGGCAGAAGAGCUACCUGGACAUCAUCGAGCAGGCCAUCUCGGAGGGGGACACGUUACUCAUCGAGAACAUUGGCGAGACCGUGGACCCGGUGCUGGACCCUCUGCUGGGCAGGAACACCAUCAAGAAGGGAAAGUUCAUUAAGAUUGGCGACAAGGAGAUCGAGUACCACCCCAGCUUCCGCCUGAUCCUGCACACCAAGUGCUUCAACCCGCACUACAAGCCCGAGACACAGGCCCAGUGCACGCUCAUCAACUUCCUGGUCACCAGGGACGGGCUCGAGGACCAGCUCUUGGCCGCCGUGGUGGCCAAAGAGCGCCCGGAUCUGGAGCAGCUGAAGGCGAACCUCACCAAGUCCCAGAAUGAAUUUAAGAUUGUUCUGAAAGAGCUAGAAGACUCUCUGCUGGCCCGGCUGUCGGCUGCGUCGGGGAACUUUCUGGGAGACACCACCCUAGUGGAGAAUCUGGAGACAACCAAACACACGGCCAGCGAGAUCGAGGAGAAGGUACAAGAGGCAAAAGUCACAGAAGCAAAAAUCAACGAGGCGAGAGAGAACUACCGGCCGGCUGCGGAGCGGGCCUCCCUGCUGUACUUCAUCCUGAGCGACCUCAACAAGAUCAACCCCAUCUAUCAGUUCUCGCUCAAGGCCUUCAACGUCGUCUUCGAGAAGGCCAUCCAGAAGGCCAGCCCCGCGGAUGAGGUCAAACAGCGCGUGAUCAACCUGACGGACGAGAUCACCUACUCCGUCUACGUCUACACGGCCCGCGGGCUCUUCGAGCGAGACAAGCUCAUCUUCUUGGCACAGGUGGCAUUUCAGGUCUUAUCCAUGAAGAAGGAGCUGAACCCAGUGGAGCUGGACUUCCUCCUGAGGUUCCCGUUCAAGGCCGGGGUCGUGUCGCCCGUGGACUUCCUGCAGCGUCAGGGCUGGGGUGGCAUCAAGGCCCUCUCGGAGAUGGACGAGUUCAAGAACCUGGACAGCGACAUCGAGGGGUCCGCCAAGCGGUGGAAGAAGCUGGUGGAGUCGGAGGCCCCGGAGAAGGAGGUCUUCCCCAAGGAGUGGAAGAACAAGACGGCCCUGCAGAAGCUCUGCAUGGUGAGGUGCAUGCGCCCCGACCGCAUGACCUACGCCGUCAAGAACUUCGUGGAGGAGAAGAUGGGCAGCAAGUUCGUGGAGGGCCGGAGCGUGGAGUUCGCCAAGUCCUACGAGGAGAGCAGCCCCUCCACCCCGGUCUUCUUCAUCCUUUCCCCGGGCGUUGACCCCCUGAAGGACGUGGAAGCCCUGGGGAAAAAGCUGGGAUUUACCAUAGACAACGGGAAGCUGCAUAACGUGUCCCUGGGGCAGGGACAAGAGGUGGUGGCAGAGAACGCCCUGGACGAGGCGGCAGCGAAAGGACACUGGGUCAUUCUGCAGAACAUCCACCUGGUGGCCCGGUGGCUGGGCACCCUGGACAAGAAGCUGGAGCGGUACAGCGUGGGCAGCCACGAAGACUACCGCGUGCUCAUCAGCGCCGAGCCGGCCCCCAGCCCCGAGUCUCACAUCAUCCCCCAGGGCAUCCUGGAGAAUGCCAUCAAAAUCACCAACGAGCCGCCCACGGGCAUGCACGCCAACCUGCACAAGGCCCUGGACCUCUUCACCCAGGACACCCUGGAGAUGUGCACCAAGGAGAUCGAGUUCAAGUGCAUCCUCUUCGCCCUGUGCUACUUCCACGCCGUGGUGGCCGAGAGGCGCAAGUUUGGGGCCCAGGGCUGGAACCGGUCGUACCCCUUCAACAACGGCGACCUCACCAUCUCCGUCAACGUGCUGUACAACUACCUGGAGGCCAACACCAAGGUGCCCUGGGACGACCUGCGCUACCUCUUUGGGGAGAUCAUGUACGGCGGCCACAUCACGGACGACUGGGACCGCCGGCUCUGCAGGACCUACCUGGGGGAGUACAUCCGGGCGGAGAUGCUGGAGGGGGAGGUCCUGCUGGCCCCCGGCUUUCAGAUCCCCCCCAACCUGGACUACAAGGGUUACCACGAGUACAUCGACGAGAACCUGCCCCCCGAGAGCCCCUACCUCUACGGCCUGCACCCCAACGCCGAGAUUGGCUUCCUGACGGUCACCUCGGAGAAGCUCUUCCGCACGGUCCUGGAAAUGCAGCCCAAAGAGACGGACUCGGGAGCAGGCACCGGGGUGUCUCGCGAGGAGAAGGUGAAGGCCGUGCUGGACGAGAUCCUGGAGAAGCUCCCAGACGCGUUCAACAUGGCUGAGAUCAUGGCCAAGGCUGCCGAGAAGACGCCGUACGUGGUGGUCGCCGCCCAAGAAUGUGAGCGGAUGAACCUGCUCACCCACGAGGUGCGCCGCUCGCUCAAGGAGCUGAACCUGGGGCUGAAGGGAGAACUGACCAUCACCCCCGACAUGGAAGACCUGGCCACGGCUCUGUUCUACGACACCGUGCCUGACACGUGGGUGGCCCGGGCCUACCCCUCCAUGAUGGGCCUGGCGGCCUGGUACGCGGACCUGCUGCUCCGCAUCCGGGAGCUUGAGGCCUGGACCACGGACUUCGUGCUGCCCACGGCCGUGUGGCUGGCCGGCUUCUUCAACCCCCAGUCGUUCCUCACGGCCAUCAUGCAGUCCAUGGCCCGGAAGAACGAGUGGCCGCUGGACAAGAUGUGCCUGGCCGUGGAGGUGACCAAGAAGAACCGCGAGGACAUGACCGCGCCGCCCCGGGAGGGCGCCUACGUCUACGGGCUCUUCAUGGAAGGGGCUCGCUGGGACACGCAAACCGGUGCCAUCGCCGAAGCGCGGCUGAAGGAGCUGACGCCCGCCGUGCCGGUCGUCUUCAUCAAGGCCGUCCCUGCGGACCGCGUGGAGACCAAGAACGUCUAUGAGUGUCCCGUGUACAAAACACGCGUCCGCGGCCCCACCUACGUCUGGACCUUUAACCUGAAGACCAAAGAGAAGGCGGCCAAGUGGAUCCUGGCGGCUGUGGCGCUGCUCUUACAGGUCUAGCGGCCGCGAGGCCCGGGCUGCCCCGGCCAGGUCCCGGCUGCCCCUCCCACGUCCCAGAGAGAAACCAUCACUUAUUCUCACAGGAGCUGGUGGCUGCCUUGUGUCCUCGUAAGUAAUCGAGGCACUUUUCAACCAGGCACAGCUGGACCAGCCCGAGGUGGGGGCGGGGUGAUUAAAAUAAUGCAGCCACUUCA